CCCGCGGCCAUGCGAGGCGGCCGCCCCCGCGCCCGCCCAGCUCGGCGCUGCCCGCCGCGGCUGCCCGCCGCCCCGCGCUGAGCCCGCCGCCGCCCCGCGCCCGGCCCGCGGCACCAUGUCCCGCCGCAAGAUCUCGUCAGAGUCCUUCAGCUCGCUGGGCUCGGACUGCCCGGAGACGAGCCCCGAGGAGGAAGGCGAGUGUCCCCUGUCCCGCCUCUGCUGGAACGGCAGCCGCAGCCCCCCUGGCCCCGCUGACAUCCCCUUCGCCGCCGCCGCCGCGGCCACCGCCGGGGCGCGCCGUGCUCCGCGCCGCCGGCGGGUCAACCUGGACUCGCUGGGCGAGAGCAUCCGCCGCCUGACGGCCCCCGCGCCUCAGACCAUUCGGCAGACUCUUCAAAAGACACUGCAGUAUUUUGAGCAUCAAGUUAUUGGUUACAGAGACGCAGAGAAGAAUUUUCACAAUAUAUCAAACAGAUGCUCCUAUACAGACUGCUCUGGCAAUGAAGAAACUGAAGAUGUCUCAGGAAUUCUCCAGUGUACGGCUAAUGUGCUUGGUCUGAAGUUUGAGGAAAUGCAAGAAAAGUUUGGGGAGGAAUUCUUCAAUAUCUGCUUUGAUGAGAAUGAAAGAGUUCUUCGAGCUGUAGGUGCGACCCUUCAAGACUUCUUCAAUGGCUUUGAUGCUUUGCUGGAGCAUAUUAGAACUUCAUUUGGAAGACAGGCCACCCUGGAAUCUCCUUCUUUCCUAUGCAAAGAACUCCCUGAAGGCAAUCUCAUGCUUCAUUAUUUUCACCCACAUCAGAUUGUGGGAUUUGCAAUGACAGGAAUGAUAAAAGCAGCAGCAAAGAAGAUUUACCGCUUGGAAGUAGAAGUAGAACAGGUCACAAAUGAUAAGUUGUGUUCAGAGGGGACAAACCCAGGUAACUGCAGUUGUUUGACUUUCCUUAUCAAAGAACAUGAAAAUGCAAAUACCACAAAAGCACUUCUACCAGGAACUUCCCAGUCCCCCUUAGACCUGAGGAUUAGUAUCAGCACCUUCUGCAGAGCUUUCCCCUUUCACCUGAUGUUUGAUCCAAACAUGCUGGUUCUCCAGCUUGGAGAAGGUCUUAGGAAGCAGCUCAGAUGUGACACUCAUAAAACACUGAAAUUCCAAGAGUGCUUUGACAUAGUCUCUCCUAAAAUCAGUGCCACAUUUGAACGAGUUCUCCUGAGGUUAUCUACACCCUUUGUCAUUCGGACCAAACUUGAGGAUUCUGAUUCUGAAAGUAAAGAUAAGGUGAUGGAAAUUAAAGGACAAAUGAUUCAUGUGCCAGAAUCAAAUUCUAUAUUGUUUCUGGGCUCCCCCUGUGUGGACAAGCUGGAUGAGCUGAUGGGUCGAGGCCUCCAUCUUUCAGACAUACCUAUCCAUGAUGCUACUCGUGAUGUCAUAUUGGUUGGGGAGCAAGCAAAGGCACAGGAUGGCUUGAAAAAACGAAUGGAUAAGCUGAAGGCAACGCUAGAAUGUACACACCAAGCCCUGGAAGAGGAGAAAAAGAAGACAGUAGAUCUCCUUAUUUCUAUUUUCCCUGAAGAGGUGGCUCAGCAGUUGUGGCAGGGGCAGCAGGUUCAGGCCAGGAAGUUUGAUGAUGUCACGAUGCUCUUCUCAGACAUUGUUGGCUUCACUGCCAUCUGUGCUCAGUGCACGCCCAUGCAGGUCAUCAGCAUGCUCAACGAGCUCUACACGCGCUUCGACCACCAGUGUGGAUUCCUUGACAUCUACAAGGUGGAAACAAUAGGUGAUGCGUACUGCGUUGCAGCAGGGCUCCAUAAGAAAAGCCUUAGUCAUGCCAAAGCCAUUGCCCUGAUGGCACUGAAGAUGAUGGAGCUUUCAGAAGAGGUUCUUACUCCAGAUGGAAGCCCAAUUAAGAUGAGGAUAGGCAUUCACUCAGGUUCGGUGCUGGCUGGCGUCGUUGGUGUGAGAAUGCCGCGCUAUUGCCUCUUUGGGAACAACGUCACCCUUGCAAGCAAGUUCGAGUCAGGGAGUCACCCGCGCCGCAUCAAUGUCAGUCCCACCACAUACCAGCUUUUGAAAAAGGAAGAAAACUUUAUUUUUAUCCCUCGUUCCCGUGAAGAGCUUCCAGAAAACUUUCCAAAGGAAAUUCCUGGGAUCUGUUACUUCCUGGAGGUCAGAAGUGGUCAGAAGCCGCCAAAACCUUCCGUCACAUCUGCCAGAGUGAGAAAGGUGUCUUACAACAUCGGCACCAUGUUCCUCCGGGAGACCAGCCUAUGAGGCCUGCUGCAGAUCAAAGACUUGUCAAAAAAGCACAAGCCCAGAACUGGGUCAUGAUAGGGGAGUUGGAGGUUCUUUGUGUUUCACUGCCUUCUUCUAAACAGGCAGUAAAAAGCUCCUUGUAAUGUCAGGCAAUAAUUGUUUUAAAAGGUGGGUAACUGCUGUGAGCAAACAAAGUGGAGAUAGGGAAAAAAAUAUUAAACAAUGUACUUCCACUUCCAGAGGAAUUUCUUUCAUAAACUUCAGUCUGGCCCCUCUAUGGCAAACAAAACAACGAAACAAAACCCCAACUCUCAAAUUAGAGGUUGGUCUUGUUUUGUGCAGAAAGGAUAAUGGUUCUCUGUAGAUUUGCACCAGCUAAGCAGAAUUGAGAGUCAGUUCUGAUUAUGCAUUCCUAUAUGUAAUGUGUUCUUCAGUAAGGUAAUGAUGUUUUUUAACUUUAUGAACAAGCAUUUCAUACAUAUACUGUAGAGCUAUUGUAACCUUCCUGGCAGGAGGAAUUAUGACUCAAUACAAAUAUUGUAGGAAUUUUACCUAUUUUUAUACAUAUUUCACUUACUGGAUGAUUACAUUCCACAUACUGUAAGCUGAGUGAGCUUAGAUAGCUUUUCAGAAGAAGUUACUGUAUAUUUCAUACAUUCUACCUAUCAAACCUUAUUGUUAUACAAGUGGGAAGAAGGCAUUUCGUGACUUUUUUGGCAACAAAAAAAAAAUCAGUAUUUACAGAAUAAAACCCCCACUUUGAUAAAUCACUUUAUCUGGUUUUUACGCUAAAGCUUUAGAUGAGCACUGUCUUCUUAUCUAAAAUAAUGUUCAGUACUUGUCCUACAGUGUUGUAUGUCGAGUCCUUCCAGGACAAUGUAAACAAAGUGCAGAAGAUCAAUGUGUGGACAAACAGACAAGUUCUCUUCAAUGGGACUUGUUUUCCCACUAAAUUAUCAUCCAAACUGAUUUUCAGUAAAAGCCCUGAACUUCUCUAAAAAUUUAUUCUUGUGAAAACUUAUUCUGAGGAAUUCCAGCAGACACUGGAAGAUCUCUGGAUGCUGGUUUUCCACAUUUUUAAUAGGACUUGUACUCCUAGUCCAGAUUGAUUGUUGAAAAUCCAUUCUGUUAAUAACAAUUGCUCAUUUGGAAACUUCCUCUGUUGUUGGAUUGGCUGAAGGUCCCCUGCUUUAUGUAGUUAAGAUCAAAAAAACACCAAAAAGGGAAAGGCAGUACUUUUCCAAGUUUAAUGCAAAUGGCAGUUCAAGAUUUUUUUUAGUCCAAGACAAAAAAAAAAACCCAAAAUCAAAACAACAAAAAAACCCCAAAACCAAAAACAAAACCACCCCUCCCCCCCAAAAAUAAAAAAAGGCCAAUUCUUUGCUGUUGAAAAUUAAUACAGUAUUAUUGUCUUCAAUUAAUCCAGUUCAAGCAAGAUGUGUAUCUGGAACAUUUUCAGGCAUUGUUUAUUUCUCAGGUUUUCUUUUUCACAAGUAAUGGUGGUCAGUUUUCCUGUGUGGGUGUGUUGCCUUUGGAUCAUACUGGGGUGGGUGAUGUUGUGAGCUUGCAGAUUGUUAGUUAAAAUCUGUGCCGUGAUUCCAAAGUGGCUUAGCUGCACGUGGGCCUUUAAUCACUUUAAUCAAGGACAAGACUCAGCAGCAACUAGGAGGCAUAAGAUACUCUGCAUUUCUCUAAUUCAGAACAGAAAUGAGUUUGCUUAUGGAUUUAGUAGUCAUAACAUGAGGCACCUCUUGAAAAUAAGUUAAUAACGUUCACUGCAUUUCAAGAUUGUCCAGCUGGAUCUUUCUGUGGAGGGAAUGACAGUUCUCUAUUUCUCCUCUUUGACCAGUAGCUCCUGCGAGUCAGCAUGGCACUGCUAGCCUGUGCUGAAUGUGUUUCAGGAUUCCUUUCCUUAAAGCCUUUCUGGAUGAGAAAGGACUGUCUUGAACCUUUACCGACUUCAGCAUGCAGAUGAUGUCUGAACUUAUUAUGCAGGGGUGAGUUCUUCCUUGCCUGAGGAGGGUAGAUGCAUGGGAAUUAGCCCAGAAACCUAUUUUAAUGCAAAUUCCCUCACUUUCUAGUGGGAUACUGAUGUUAAAGAUUUCUUCCAUUGGUAUUAGAGCGUUCUUGGGAUUAGAGGAGUUAUUUAUUUAUCUACCUACAUAAACAGCAUAUGGAGUUCUGUGGCCUAUCUGAAAAACUACUUAAAAAAACUGUUCAAGCUUGGGAUUGUGAAAUUUCCUUUCGGAUUACAGAUCUGAGAAUUUCCUGCAUAGGAUGACAAGUUUUAGCCUAUAGCCGUUAGUUUGCACGUAGACAGGAUGUAGCAUGCAUUUUUUUAUCCUGGGAACACCAGUGAGAUGCGUAAGAAUCAUAAAUGGAUCAAAGUUCAUGUUUCACCACUGAAAGAGGAAUGCCACUUCCCAGCUAAUAAAUCCAUAGUUCUGAUGUCAUUACUUAGUUCCCUAGAGUGAAUUUUUUUCAAAUAGCCAUUAGUAGAUUUAGAUUUCAGUUGGACUUCUCUGGCACAUCUUCAUUGUUCAGUAGUUGCUGAUGUCAGAAUCUUAACCUAUCUGGCCAAGCUCUUUUUCUCUUCUCACCGCCCACAGUCCUAUGUGAAGAGUACAAAUUUAGAGGUUUAGACCACAAGCUUGUAGUUCAAUAUCUUGUCUCUUACAGUUGCCGAUAAGAAAUAUCUAGGUUAGUUCUGCACCUGAACUUGAUCAAUGG